AUGGUAACGCUGCAGUUCACCUUUCUGGUUCUCGAGCUGAGGAAGAGGUUCCAGAGUGUUAAUGCCCGUCUACGAGAGCUGAUACCACCACUGUGUGUGCCCGAGGUACGUGCAGUGUUUGGAAAAGCCGUGGGUGAGGUGUCUUCACAGGCUGUCCCUGGGCGGCUGCGCCAGCUGAGGGAGGCGUACGUGGUGCUGGUGCACGCUGCGGACACCCUGCAGCGGCACUUUGGACUGCCGAUGGCCCUGGGCAUAGGCCACUGCAUAGCCGGCGCCACCUUCUCCGCCUACGGGUUGCUCAGCCCUGCGGUGUUGCGGCAGUCGGCCAUCCAGGAGGCGAGCCUGUCUGCGCUGUGGCUGGUCCACCACUCUUCGCAGCUGGUGGCGAUGACGCUGGCGUGCGCGGUGGCUGUGGACGAGGCAACCGAGACCGGGGUGCUACUGGUGAGGGCCUCAGCGGUCUGUGGCUGGCGCUGCCCGGAGGUGGACGCCUUCCUGCAGCUCACACUGUGGGGACCCAGGGUGCGCUUCACCGCCGCCGGACUGGUCGUUGUGGACCGGAGCCUGCUAGUCUCUUCACUCGCCUUGGUCGUCACCUACCUUGUCGUCCUGGGACAGCAUUGA